AUGUACAUGUACAUGUACAUGUACAAGAUUGAGGACAUCUCGGUUUACGCAUCCGCCCUCCCCCUGCCCUUGCCGCAACAUCGCAUCGUGUUUCUCGACCCGUUGAUUCGGUUGUCGAGGCUGGCUAUUCUUUCUUUCCCUUUUCCUCUCCCCCCUCCUUUGGUCGCGAUUCUCGUAUAUUGCCAUAUAUACAGCGUUGCAGUUCUGUCCCGAUUCGAAAGACGGAGUAAUAAAACAACACUUUUAUACACCUGUCCUUGGCUAGGAACGGCACUUCUUUUCGCUCCUGGAUAG